CCUGCCUCUCGGUGUCCUGCCUUAAAGUCGUUACCGCUCGCACAGUCUGAGGAGAGCUGCAGAGUUUGAGGAGAGCCAUGAUGUCAGAUUCCAGAGUGUCGUCUGUCAUCCAGGAGUGGGUCAGUUCGUAUUCUGGUCAGCCUCACAGCCAGCCCCUGAAUCCCGUCGCCUCCAACCAGGCCUCACAGUCCAACCAGAUGUCUCAGAUGGACAUGAUGUCGUAUGGCCAGUCUCAUCCGGGGAUCAUCAGGGGGGUCGCUGACGAGAGAGUGGCCGAGCAGAUGAUGGGACUGCCCUACCUGCCCUACAACACGUCCUGCCUCAGCAGCAACCCCAACUCGGGGAGCUCAAACCACCACCAGAGCCACGCCGGCGCUCAGCAGGACUUCUCGCCCUUCCUGCUGCCCAGGGCCCCGGUGACCAAGAGGAGCAUCAGCAAGGACAGCGCGGAGUACCGCCUGCGGCGCGAGAGGAACAACGUCGCAGUGAGGAAGAGCCGGGACAAGGCCCGCCGGAGGAUCCUGCUGACCCAGCAGAGGGCCCUGCAGCUGCAGGAGGAGAACCAGAAGCUGCAGAUGAAGAUAGGGCAGCUCACCCAGGAGCUGGACACUCUGAAACACAUCCUGUCUCAGCGGCACCUGCAGGGAGGCGUUGAUGGAGCGUCGCAGGAGUCCGGCAUGUGACCUUUUUGACCCCUACCCAUAGAAGCAGGCCUCAGAGCUACCUGUCAGGAUUAGACGUGAAUGGGGCGGGGGGAGAAAAAAAAGUCUGUUUUACACUAACAUUUGUGAUUUUUUGGGAAGUGGAAAGAUUGACUUUAGCAUAGGUUUAAAAUGUGUGUUUGUUGAAGUUGCAUAACGGUAGAAAAAAAAAGAAAAAAAGAAGACGAAAAGCAGAACUAAGUCAAAGUGACCCAGCAACCACAUAGAGGUUCUGUCCACCACCCUUCUCAUUUUAAUGCAUCCAUUUGUGUAACUUAACUUGCCAUGUCUGCCCAAAAUGUCUUUUGUGCUCACAAAAUGAAAAAUUGAGAAAAUGAAAAGGGCUUUCCUCGUUGUGCUGUGAUAUUUCACGAAGAACUGUGUAACUUAUCAACUGAACUGAAAGACCACAGCCUGGGAUAACAGCGGAGAGUUUCUGAAAACGGACCUGAGUUUGACUUUUUAACGUUAGUAGAGAGACGGCUCAGAGUUAAUAAACUCCACUUCAGCGUUGAUCCUUUACGUCCGUGUCUCUUCUAACUCACCGACUUAAUUGGCAACUUUUUCUUUUCAUUUUGUUAUUAUUUUUUUUCAUUCGCUUUCUCCCACCGGAAAGCGAAUAAAAGGGUUUUGAAGCAUAAAUGCUGUUUAAGCAAAAAAAUUAAGCCUGAGGACUCUCUACAUUCACAAGCAUUGCAAUCCCGUCUCGGUGAACUUCAUCUUCUGAAAUGGCAUUUUUCAUCUGCUUUUACUAACCAGUGUAGCGGCACAUUUUAUCAUAACAGAAUCUUGAAGCCUCCGUUUGGGCUCAGAGUACAAAUUUAUACGCUGAAGAUGGCUUGUUUGAAAUAAAUCCGCUUUCAUUCAGAAUACAA